AUGAAUGCCAUUUGCUGUAACGUCGCUGGUUCCGAUACUUAUCUCGUCAUGAGUGAUGCCAACGAAGCGGUAACUGUAGGAGAAGAGGUGACUCGGGAUGCUGGGAAUGUUGCAGGUGAGGGGUUGGCAAGAUGCGCUGAAAUCCCAACCGUGAAAAGUGGUCAAGCAGAAAUGGAUUACGAUUUGAUAUCUUCUUUGAAAGUCGGCGGUAUCAAUUGGAAGAUCCAAGGGCGUUGUACUCGCAAGUCUAAAUUCACGCCUUAUCAAUCUGGCAAAGGGAAACCAGGAACUAUGAUGACUUUUGAUUUUCAGGACGGUAGCGGACAGAAGAUUAAAUGUGUAGUUUUCAAUGAUGCAAUAGAAAUGUUGGAUCAGAAAGUUUUCGUUGGUAAAAACUACGCUAUCAGCAAAGCGACUGUGCAAAACAGAUUUGGUAGACCGGUUCCUGGUUAUCAUAAUUGUGAGCUGCUUUUCUAUAAACACAGCCAGUUUGAAUUGUUGGAAGACGAAGAUGAUUUUGUUUUUCCUUGUGAGCGUUAUCGUCGUCUUUCUGAACUGGAUUCGGGCGAUAUCGAAAUCGACUCAUCUAUCAAUGUUCUCUGUGUUGUUUCGUCUGUUGGGACCAUGCAGAAUAUGGAGAUCAACAAUAGCGAUGGCACUAAACGAGAUGCUGCUUAUCUUGAGGUGCAACUCGUGGAUUCCAGUUUGAAACAGGGUCAAGUUCCUGUUACUUUCUGGGGUCGUACUGCUGCCGAUGUGCAUCGCCAUCCUGCUGGGCGCACAAUGGAAUUAAAAGGUGCUGUUGUCGUGAGUCGCGAGGGACGUCUUUGUCUGAAAGCUACUGCGCUGACGGAUGUCGAGUUCGAUCCUCAACCUGAUGCUGCUGAAAAUUUGAUUCAAUGGUUCAAUGGCAGUAAGAAGCGUCGCAUGUGUGAGUGA